AUGGCAACCACCCAGGAAGCAACCGCGGCUCAGGUGACCAUGUGGCCGGACAAGUCCAUGAAGCCACAUUACUUGCUGAGCAAGACGGAAUGCAUCCAGGAACUCGAGGCCAAUGGUCAGAAGCGCAUUGCAUGGACGGAGUUCACACUUCCGGAAUGCCGGAUGCUGGUUCGCGAGUCUCGCGAAGCUCAGGGAAUCAUCAAGCCAAAGGGGGCUCCCAACAACCUUGUCAAGGAGAUCAACAAUGCAAAACUGGGCGAGCUACGCUCAAUGUGCCAGGCCCGCCAGAUCGAACAUCCGGCCAAGGCCACGGUGGGGGAGCUGCGCUUGAUGCUCAAGUCAUGGUUGAUCCACAGCGGCAACAACGAGACACUGAUCGACUUUGGAAAGUACAAGGGCACGAGCUUCAUGGAAGCCGAGGUGGGCAACUCGGACACGGCGGAUUGGCGGCUUCGACAACUCGCCAGUUGGGCCGAGAGGAUGGAACACAAUCCUCUCGAGAAGUCUCAGGCACCAGUGAAGAACCAGGGGGCCGGCUAUCAUCCAGCCCUCACCAACAGUCGACCAACAGUGGCCAUUGCUGCGGGGUCAUCGAGCAAGGAUGUGGAUGCCAAGGCAAGUGCCUCGGCGAUGACCGAACAAGUGAAGGACAUGAUGGAAACCAUGAAAGCCAUGCAAGAGGAGCUCGACGAGCUCAAGGGCAAGAAGCGCCACAAGACGCCGCCUCCCCGAGCUGGAACAUCGGUGGCAUCCGACGGGAGCUUCGUGAAGAUGGAUGGCUAGGCCACCAUGACGAGUGGAAACACUUGUCGCCGCAAAAGCUUAGGUCCCUUGAACAGGCGAGCGAGUUGGUCCUCUCAGAGGCCUGGGCGUCCGUAAGCGACGCCUCAAGGCUGUUUCUGAUGGAACUCGCAUGUUCACC